AUGUUAUUUUAACCAAAGAACUAUCAAUAUUAGGAAUAAUAAAAGGAACAAGGUUAUUUUAAUAUGAAGCAAUAGAUUAGUUUAUAAAAUGGAAGUUAUUUGAAUUAGAUGAUGAGAAACUUUAAUUAAUUAGAGGAAGUUAGAAAAAGCAAGAAUAAUAUAUAAUAAAGCAAUGAACAUAUUGCAACCAUUCCUCUAUAAUUAACAACAAAUACAGAAACGCUUAAUUCUGCCGCAAAAUUACCUCCUUCAAAGAAUUCUAAUAAUUAAUUGACUCCUAAGGGUCAGGGAUAUUAAAUAGAUCAAGGAUUUUAAAACAGAUAUGGAAACUCAUAAAAUACUCCUAAGUAAUUAGAGAGCCAUUCUAUAAGUAGCGAUGUAUAUCCUACUAAUAUGAAUGGAACUCCUUAACAAAAUUAAUAGAAAAAUUAUUCGAAUUAAAUUAGUUAGCUUGGAAAUACAAUUCAAUAAAUUUUGCCAUCAGAUAGCUAAGUCUAAUAAUAGCAAUAGCAAUAGGGAUUAAAUAGUAGUGGAUUGAAUACUUCUGCUAAUUAUAUAAAAGCCUCCAAGAUUGAGAAUAAGCAAACGUCUCAACUAAGAUCUAGCGCUUAAGGUAUUUCCUACAUCAAGGAUAGAAGAACUACAGUUGAUAUCACUCCUUCCUAUUUAUAAAAAAGCAACUUAAAAAACUACUAUGUUCCUAAUUCUUCUAUAUCUUCAAAAGAUGGGUCUUCUUCAAUCCAUGCCUAAAAUUAAUAAAAUAGUUUCAUCAAUAAUUCAAGUUAUUCAAAUUAAUAGAAUCAGUAAUUAUCUACUGCAAACAAGCAGUUGUAGGCAAAUUAAACAGUGGCAAAUAACUCCUCAAAUAAUUUUUAAAGUUAAAUAUAGAAUUAAAAUUUGUCAGCAAAUUCUAAUAGCCAAUUAGGUAUCUAAAAUCAUCAAGUUUCGCCUUAGUAAUAGCACCAAUAGGCAAAUUUUUAUGAAUUACAAACUCCUAAGCAGCGUUAUAAUUUUUCGCGUUCAAUGACCGACAAUUUACCAACUAGCUAAUCAAAAUUAUAAUCUUAAUCGAACUCAAAAGAAGUAAAUCCUCAGUAACAAUAGCAGUAGUAAUAGUAAUAACAAUAUCAGUAAUAGUAAUAAUAAAAUGCAGUGAAUUAAUUUCCUUCCUAAUAUAGUGCUUAGAACUCAGCUAAGAGUGCAUACUUGUAAUAAAAUACUAAAUAGUAUUAUAAUCAGAGCAGUAACUACUCACAAUAAUAAUACUAUUAAAUUUAAAAUAAUCAAGGAAUGUAAUAGUUACAGCAGUAAAACUCUUUUUCGAAUAGCUAAGUUUAAGUUUAGCCUGCAUAAUAAACAGUAAAUGCCUAGACACAAUUUAGUAAUUAACAAUAAAAUGAGAAAGAGCCCAUUUCAGAUAAUUCUCAGAAUCAAUUCAAUUAGUAGAAUUAGUAAUAAUUUGGUUUUAACUAGGUGAAGAAUUCAAUAAAUACUUAAAAAAAGAAUAUUAAUUAAAACAAUACACAAAACGGAUCUACAAGCUUAAAUAAUAUUAACGAUACUUCAAAUAUACAAAGCAAUUCAACUCAUUAGUAAAGUGUAAGUAAUAGUAGCAUUAAUAUGUACAAUCCUUAUUCACUUAAAAAGCUUACUCCAACUAAGUCUCGUUAACAUCAUUCUAUUAACUAAAGAAAUGGAUUAAAUAUUGAAACGAAUAAUUUGAAUUAUGGCAACUUGAACUCGCCUUAUAUUAAUUCUCUUAGUAUUUCUAGUGUUAGGAGUGCAGCAAAUAACAUAAGUAAUAAUCAAUCUAAUUCUUCUUCUUCUUCUCGUAACCCUUACAAUUUAGGGUUAUACUCUAAUAAAAGCUUAUCAAAGUCUAAAGACUUAAGUUUGAUUCGCCAGUCAAGCUCAGACUCCUAAAAAUAAACGCAAUAAGGUUAAUUAUAAUCUGAAUCUCCUCUAUCAUCAGAUAUUGCAAAUGAAAAAACUAACUCAUCAAAUUCAUAAUCUGGCAUUGCUAACUAAAUAGUUAAUUAAUCAGCUGUAAAUAAUUAAAGUAAUAAAUCCAAAAGCCCUAAACUCAACACUGCUUCUUUUGCUUAAUUAAAAAGCCCUAUUAGUUCAAAUAAAGUAUUUUUAUCUCCAUAGUCAAAAUUUACAUUAGGAUUUAAUAAUAACGCUUCAGUAACAAGUAGAAAAUAAUCAAGCGGUAGUGAAAAUAUUAAUAUCUUCUAAAUGCAAUCGAUAUCUCAUUCUCAUAUUAAUUCUUCUCAUUCAGCUUUAAGAAAUAAUUAAACUCAAGGAAAUAAUCACAAUAAACUAUUGUCAACAAGCACACAAGCUCUCCCUUCUUCUUCCUAAGUAAAUUCUAUUAAUCUCACUAGCUAACAGGCUGGGACUAACAACAUAUAAAAGAAUAAAUCAAAUAAUUCAGUCCAUAAUAAUCUAAAUAACUUGAGUGACUCUAUCAACCGAAACAACAACAACAAUAAUAAUGCUAACACUUCUUAAAUAAGUAAUAACAGUAGUAAGUCUUAGCAAAAAAUAGAAUAAACUAAUUCUUAAGGUAAUUAUAGCAACUCUUCAGGAAUUUAAAAUUAAAAUAAUAAUUAUAUAGUCAAAAGUAGUAUUGAAAGAGUUGAAAUAGAAGCGAACGAUUUUUCUAAAGAUUUAUCUCAAAUUUCUAAUAAAUCAGGAUUAUAGUCAAAGGUAUAAAUUCUACAAUAACCUAAUUCAGAUGAAAUACCUUACGAAUAAACUUAAACAGAAAAUCUGCAUAGCUCAGUUAUUGACCUUAUUAAUACUACAGUUAUUCCUAAUCAUGAAAAAACUAAAUAUUCUGUAAAAAGAAAUGGUAUUGUUAAAAGUUAUGCAGCUAAUACUAAUUAAGGUCUUAUUCGUAAUUAUAAUGAAGAUCGUGUCUCAAUUAUACUCAAUAUCAUGAAACCUCAAGGAAAGAAUACUGAUAAUGAUGUUUAAUGGCCAAAAUGCUCCUUUUUUGGUGUAUAUGAUGGUCAUGGUGGUGUGACAUGUGCAGAUUUCUUAAGAGAUAAUUUACAUCAAUUUGUAAUUAAAGAUUCUAACUUCCCAAAAAAUCCAAAAUAGGCUAUUUUAAAUGGAUUUGAGGCUGCAGAAAAGCAAUUCCUGAAGCAAGCCUAACUCAAAGAAGGCUAAAUAGAAAAAUCAGGUUCAUGCGCUAUAGUUGUUAUGAUAGUUGGUACUCGAUGCUAUGUAGCAAAUGUUGGUGACAGUAGAGCGAUCAUGAGUGGAUCAGGAGGGUAAAGAGCUUAUGAACUUUCUAGAGAUCAUAAACCUCUUGAUGAAUUAGAAUAAAAAAGAAUCUAAGAUGCUGGAGGAAAGAUUUAUUAGACAAAAAUUAUGAACUUUUAAAAUGCCUUCGGAGGUGCUUCAGGUAUUAUAGGAAUGUCUAAUUUAUCCUAACCUAUUUAUGGGCCUCAUAGAGUUCUACCAGGACGUUUAUCAGUUACAAGAACUUUUGGUGAUAUUGAAGCAAAACUUCCAAAACUUGGUGGUAAUCCGAAUGUAGUAAUUGCAGUUCCUGAUAUUAAAGAAUUCGAGAUUCAAGAUGAUUUUGACUUUAUUCUUUUAGCAAGUGAUGGUAUUUUUGACAAAUUGACUACAAAAGAAUCUAUUGAAAGCAUUUGGCAUCAAGUAGAAAACCAAAAACAACAACAUUAGUAUUCAAAUGUUCAUGAAUUUUGUGGAUUAGCAGUUGACACUAUAAUGAAAUUUUCUUUGGGAAGAAAAACUAUGGAUAACAUUACUGUUGUGCUAAUUGGUUUUGAUAACUUGAAAAGAGAGCUCUUCCCUCAUAAAAUAAAAUCAAAAAUUUAAAAUAUUGAGCAAAAUUAACAUUAAUUAAAUGAAAAAAUUCAAGCUGAAAAAAGCUAAUAAAUUAAUUAAUUUUAAUAGCAAUAAAGCUCUGGUAGAUAAGAAGACACUGCGAAGAAAUAAUCCUCUAGUUAUAAUUAAUUAGGUUAGGCUACAUAAAAACCUAGUGCUCCUUCAAAAGCAUCAGGAAUACAACAGGAUAAUUAUCUUUAGUCAGAGAGCACUUAAAACAAUAAACAUUCUUUACACGUAGCAAAUGAAAAUCAGUAUAAUCUAUCUAUGAGUCCAUAUAGCAAGGCAACUCCUAAAGAAAAUGGAAUGAAAUUCUAAAUGAGUUAAAAUAGUGAAAAUCAAACUAACAAUAGCAACAAUUCUAAUCAAAACUCUAAUAGCAAAAAUAUCUAACAAGAUAAUAAAUAGUAAUAUUUAUAAAACUAAUUUUAGUAUCAAUCUUAAUAGAAUUCUUAACCAUACCAAUAACAGUAACCUGUUUUGUACUAAUAAGUCCAAAAUCAAGUUUCACCAAACUUAAAUUCAUUUUCAUAACAAUAACAAAAUGUUCAACAGGCAUAGUAGAAAAUUGAUAAAAAUAAAAGUAAGCAACCUCUAACUCCAGGAGCUUCUAUGUUAAGUUAAGGAAUAACAUUCCCUUCUAAUGAAGCACUUUCAGUUAGAGCUAGUGCAAAUCCUCCUAGUGUUAGUUCUCUUAUUAAUAAUCAGAAACAUUAGUCUUAUAGCAGUAGUUAUAAUAAUUACAUUAGCAGUUAAUUAGGUAACAAUUAUGGUAAAUAAGGAUAGCCUGAUAACUUAUAUCUACAACAAUUAUCUCAAUAAAUAUCAUCAAAUAAUAAAUAAGCUUUGACCACGUAGCAAUAAUAAUCAUAAUAGGGUUAAGCAUAAUAACAACAACAACAGCAACAAUAACAAUAAUAAUAAUAAUUAGAAUAAGUUUCAAUAAAAUCUCCUUAUAACCAAUAAAACAGUAUAUUUAAUUAAAAGUAUAAUAUAUCAUAAAUCUAAGGGUAAUCAAACUAAUAGCAACAAUAAUUCUAAGACAUAAACUAUAAUUUGAAAGUGGUGUCUAACACUAACUACAAUAAAAAUUGA